GGAACAAUGAAUCAUUCCCAGGACACCGGCCCUCGAGGCAUGCCUGAAGACAGAAAACUUUAUAUUGUGGAUUCCAUAAAUGACUUAAACAAACUAAACCUCUGUCCUGCCGGAUCACAGCACCUUUUCCCGCUCCAGGAGAAAAUCCCAGACGUUGGCACUAACUCAGGAAAUGGAAGUCAUAGUCUAUUUUUUAUGGGGCUGAUAAUGGUGCUGAUUGUCAGCCUGGCCCUGGUUUCCUUUGUGAUUUUUCUAAUAGUUCAAACUGGAAACAAGAUGGAUGAUGUGUCAAGAAGACUAACAGCUGAGGGAAAGGACAUAGACGAUCUUAAGAAAAUCAACAGCCUGAUUGUAAAGCGACUCAAUCAACUGGACGCUGAACAAAACUAA